UUUAAUUGUUUGUUUUUCAAGGUUCUAGCUUGCGGCUGUUGGUUAACUAUCGUUAGCUCAAUCACGAACUUCACUUAGCUCCGCUAGCAUUCAUGCUAGCUGGCGCUGUAAAGAAACGUGCGUUGACCGAAGCGCUACGUAACGGUUCAGAAAUAUAAAGCCAGAGACGUUUAAAUUUACUCUCCUUUCAUCGCACUGGCACCAAACGUGGCCGCAUACCGACGUUUUAUCGGGAAACGUGUUGUAAAGUGCAUUAGGGAGUGAAAACUAGUAUACGUACGUAAGUUACGUUGUAACGUUACGUCAGAAAAGUCGAAUGCCAGUUAAACGUUCGAUGUAAGCGAUCUGAAUCACGUGAACUUAUUUAACACUUACCGCUCCUAUAAACCUCCUCCACUGACGUCACAGCUGCUUUAUUAACGUCACACAUAUCUGAGCUUUGCCGAGCACCGCCGUGCUGGCGUGUAUCGAUCGAAGGUCAGAGGAUUGGACUCCAGCAGAUGAGAUGUUCCCUCACGCUGGCGUCGACUCAGCAGGUAGGAGGUUGACUCUGUGGCGCUCGUCUCCGGUUGGUCGACGCGUCCGACUGGGUGUGGUCUAACCUGAACAACUCUCGUGGCUUCUUCUUGGGAGGCUUCAGUUUGCGCUGCUUUUUGGGAGCGGCUCGGGCCCAUUUGAUGGAACAGUAGCCCUCAGGUGCCCCAAGAAGAACGCCUACGGUAUUUGCCUCCCACGAGAUGAAGCUCGCCGGGCGCCUCCUGCUCCUCCUCCUCCUCCUCCUCCUCGCCGUCGGCGGUCACGGCCGUGUCCGGGUCAAGACCCCUUUCCUGGGUUUGACCGACGGCUUUGGGAGCCUCCUUCCCAAACUCAGCCGCCCGGCCAACCACAGCCGCAUCUUCUACGCCGUGAUGUUCGACGCCGGGAGCACCGGGACGCGCGUCCACGUCUACACCUUCAUCCAAAGUGACUCGGGUAACGUCGUCUCACCUGCUUCCUCCACGCAGGAGGAGCUGCCAAUUUUGGACAAUGAGAUGUUCCACUCCAUAAAACCCGGAUUGUCGGCAUACGCCGACUCUCCCGAAGCGGCCGGCCACACGGUGAGGAUGUUGUUGAAGGUGGCCAAGAAGACGGUGCCUCGCCUGGAGUGGAAGAGAUGCCCGCUGGUCCUCAGGGCCACAGCUGGACUCCGGCUGCUGGAGGCCGACAAAGCCCAGGUUCUCCUGGAGCAGGUUCAACACGUGUUCGACGAAUCCCCCUUUCUGGUGCCAGACGGCAGCGUCGGCGUAAUGAACGGCACAUACGAAGGGAUCCUGGCUUGGAUAUCUGUGAACUAUCUGACAGGUCACCUGAGCGCACAGGCGAAGAGCACAGUGGGAAUCUUGGAUCUGGGGGGGGGGUCCACGCAGAUCACUUUCCUGCCAAAUCAAAGGGAAACCAUUGAACGUGUCCCUGUCGCUGAUUACGUUGCCCGGUUCGGGAUCCUCAACACAUCGUUCGAAUUGUACACUUACAGUUACCUUGGAAACGGGCUGAUGGCGGCGCGACUGGCCACGCUGGGCGCCCUGGGCGCAGAAGGGUUGGAGUGGCGCGUCUUUAAAAGCUCCUGCCUGCCCAAGAAGUUCAGGGGAGAAUGGAGCUUCGGGGAGCUGACAUAUCGAGUAAGCGGAGACCCGGAUGGUUUUGCCGGGUACAAGCUUUGUUAUCAGGAAGUACUUAAGGUGGUGAAGGGGAUUAUUCAUCAGCCGUACAAGCUGGAAGACAGCAAUGUGUUCUACGCAUUCUCCUAUUACUUUGACAGAGCUGUGGACGCAGGCCUAAUCGAUGAGGCCCACGGAGGGAUGCUGGAGGUCAGAGACUUCAAGAAGAGGGCUAAAGAAGUGUGCGAUGAGAUGACCAAGUCCCCUCCGGUCAGCCCUUUCCUGUGCAUGGACAUGACCUACAUCACCUGUCUGCUCAAGGAUGGGUUCGGCUUCAAGGAGAGCGCCGUGCUGAAGUUGACUAAGAAAGUGAAUAACGUGGAGGCGAGCUGGGCUCUGGGCGCCAUGCUGGAACACUUCCACAACCUGAAGAUCCAAUGAAGUGAGGCGGAACAAACCUGGGAUCCCCCCCCCUCCCCCCACACACACACCUCCUUCAGAAGGGCACUACUCACGAGUAAUUCUUUUAAACCAAUUAUUCUCAAGUGCAACAGACGAGGCUGUAAACGCGCGCUGCAGGUUGAGUGACUGAUGUUACCAAUAACGCUCAGUUAAUGCGGCGUUGGGAUUUACCGGAUAAACACUUGGUUUGAGAUUGAUGUUUGUGUGUUUAAGGGGCUGAUUAACGAGGUGCCGGACCAGUGUGUGUACAUGUAGCCAAGUGGUGCCUCGCGGGUUGUUGGUAAUGAGGAUGUGUGUGUGUACACACACACACACGUCAGGUUCAUUUUGAUCUCUGUCACAUUGAGUUUUAAAACUAAUUUUCUAUUAGACAAUUUCAUCAUUUCUUUUUGUUUACAAUGAAACACGUUAUACUUUCAUAAACUUUAAAAACCCG